ACUCUGUUGGUCCGUUUUCAUUUUGUUCUGUAUCAUUUGCCGCAUCGUAUCAUACAACGUUGCGUUUGUAAAUUUCUGUACUCCUUUUUCAGUGCUUCUGUUUUUUGCCACAAUUUUCACGGCGUCUUAAAAAAUAAAGGUUGAGAGUUUAAAAAAUUUUCUCCGGAUAGAAGGGAUCAGUUUGUGAAAAAAUUAUUAUCAAGUUUUCAAGCGGCGAAAAUUAAAAUGGGGAGAGUACAUAAGAAAAAAAUCGCAGAAUAUGCGGAAUCGGCUGAAAAUGAAAACGAACAAGAUGAGGAAACCAAAAAGAGCGCCACGGUGGAGUCCAAUAGCGAUGAAUCGGAAGUUGAAGCUGGACGUGAAGAAGGUGAUGAUGGAAAGAAAAAACAAAGCGUUGUAAGAGAUCAAACACAUCCCGAAGGGAAUACCGAUGAUGAAUUCCAUUCUGUACAGGGUAGUGCAACCGAUGACGACCAGGAAGAGGAAGGAAGUAGCGGUACGAGCGGUAAGAAGGGGAACAAACGCAAAGCAGCGCCAGAAAAACUGGCCGAUGGCGACAAUGAUAAUUUGGACAGUGACGAUGAACCAUUAAAUGGCAGCGGUGCUGGGAGUGGUGGAGCUAAAAAGGGACGCAAGGCUACAGGAGGUGGAAAACAGAAAGCUGCGGGAAAGAAUGGCAAAGCCGCUGGUAGGCGUGGAAAAGGAAAAAAAGCGCCAACUAAAGCUCAGGUCGUGGAAGAGGAGGACGAAGAGGAUGAGGAAGUAUACGAGGUUAAAGAUAUAGUUGGCCAUAAAGUAGAACAUGGUGUUACUUACUAUUUGAUACGCUGGAAAGGGUACACUAAAGACGACGAUACAUGGGAGCCAGAAGAUACUCUAUCGUGCCCAGAUAUUAUUGAAAGAUAUAAAAAUAAGCAAUCGGCAAGCAAAACAAAUAGAAAAAGUGGUACUCCAGCUAAGAAAGGUCGUCCCUCAAAAGGAGAAUCAUCGGUUGAUCCGAACAAAGAAUGGGAAGUAGACAAGAUAAUCGAUUAUGCUGAAGAGAAAAAUCAACGUGUUUUUCGUAUACGUUGGAAGGGAUUUGGACCGAAAUCAGACACUUGGGAGCCAGAAGCGAAUUUGUCAUGUGACGAAAUUAUUGAUAAAUUUAUGAAACGUAUGAAAUCACAAGAAAAUGUAACAUUCAAAGAGCUACGUGAAGAGCCGAAAAAAACAAAACGACUUGUAAAUGAAACAUCGCCUCGUACAAAUUAUCAUAAUCCAAUUGGACGCAAGUCCAAGCGCGCUGUAUCAAAGAAAAGAGUUUAUUAUGGAGAUAGCGAUGAGUAACUUGAAAUUUAAUGGCAUAAUUUUUUUAAUGUCUUAAUGUUUCUUUUAACUAAAAGGAAUUUUUUUUUAUAUUUAUACGGCAACACCUAAACACGUGUGACGUAUUUUAUUUGUUUAUAUCCCAAAAAAUACUUUUGAAUGUUAAAAUUUUAACUGAUAUUGGUUUAUAUAUACAUAUAGUAUAUACUCGUAUAUACAUAUAUAACAAAUUUGUCUUUGUCACCGCAUGUGAAACAAAAAAUAAUUUCGAGAAUUUUACAAUUUUUAAGUUAAAUCAUAACCUUUGCAGAAUAGAUUUAUAAAAUUUAUAAAUUCAACAACUAAAUACAUAUGUACGUAUGUAUGUACUUCCUCGGUGACAUUAUGUAGGUAUUAGUAGUAAUACAUUUUUAAUGUAUAUUUGAUUUAAAUGAAUAAGAAACAUGGAAUUAAACAUUUUAUCAACCGUAUGAAAAUAUUGCAAAUUAUUUUUUAUAAAAAACAACAGAGUACAUAAGUUCGUAACAUUGUAACCAGUAGAUUUAUAUGAAACUAUAACUCUACAAGUUUUUAAGAAUAAAUAUAAUGAAUGCUAGCGUUUCAGUAGUUUAUACAUA